AUGUGGAGGAGGAGGUCAGAGUGUGAGGAGGAGGAGGAGGUCAGAGUGUGUGGAGGAGGAGGAGGUCAGAGUGUGAGGAGGAGGAGGAGGAGGUCAGAGUGUGUGGAGGAGAAGGAGAGUGUGUGGAGGAGGAGGAGGUCAGAGUGUGUGGAGGAGGAGGAGGUCAGUGUGUGGAGGAGGAGGAGGUCAGAGUGUGAGGAGGAGAAGGAGGAGGUCAGAGUGUGUGGAGGAGGAGAUCAGAGUGUGAGGAGGAGGAGGAGGAGGUCAGAGUGUGUGGAGGAGGAGGAGGAGGUCAGAGUGUGUGGAGGAGGAGGAGGAGGUCAGAGUGUGUGGAGGAGGAGGAGGAGGUCAGAGUGUGUGGAGGAGAAGGAGGAGGUCAGAGUGUGUGGAGGAGGAGGAGGUGGUCAGAGUGUGUGGAGGAGGAGGAGGAGGUCAGAGUGUGUGGAGGAGGAGGAGGAGGUCAGAGUGUGUGGAGGAGGAGGAGGAGGUCAGAGUGUGUGGAGAAGGAGGAGGUCAGAGUGUGUGGAGGAGGAGGAGGUGGUCAGAGUGUGUGGAGGAGGAGGAGGUGGUCAGAGUGUGUGGAGGAGAAGGAGGAGGUCAGAGUGUGUGGAGGAGGAGGAGGUGGUCAGAGUGUGUGGAGGAGAAGGAGGAGGUCAGAGUGUGUGGAGAAGGAGGUCAGAGUGUGUGGAGGAGGAGGAGGUGGUCAGAGUGUGUGGAGGAGAAGGAGGAGGUCAGAGUGUGUGGAGGAGAAGGAGGAGGUCAGAGUGUGUGCAGGAGGAGGAGGAGGUCAGAGUGUGUGGAGGAGGAGGAGGAGGUCAGAGUGUGUGGAGGAGGAGGAGGUGGUCAGAGUGUGUAGAGGAGGAGGGAGGAGGUCAGAGUGUGAGGAGGAAGAGGUCAGAGUGUGAGGAGGAGGAGGUCAGAGUGUGUGGAGGAGGAGAGGAGGUGGUCAGAGUGUGUGGAGGAGAAGGAGGAGGUCAGAGUGUGUGGAGGAGAAGGAGGAGGUCAGAGUGUGUAGAGGAGGAGAAGGAGGAGGUCAGAGUGUGA